AUGAAGGCUCGAAGUUGCUAUAAUUAUAUGUCGCACCCUCAAACUGGAAAUCAUGGAUCCCCCAUUGCUAGUAUUAAAUACAAAGCAAUAAACGAGGAUGUGUUGAUAGAAAUUAUGUUGCGUCUGCCCAUAAAAUCUUUGUUGAGACUCAGAACUGUCUGCAGAUUCUGGCGUGACGUUAUCGAUUCUCCAUAUUUCAGAAAACUGCACACUCUCAAUGACAACAACCUGCCAGAUGACACAGUAUAUAUACAAAUUUCUUUUGAUCAUGAUGAUGAUAUUAAGCCGAACAAAGUAUUAGUAAAUCUCCAACUCCAACACAACCACAAGGAUUUAAUGUCAUAUGAAUAUGCUAACAUCUAUUGGGAAUUAGUACCUACGAUAGUUGGGUCGGUUAAGGGUCUAACCUGCAUUAACCCCAGGAAUAUUACGAUUCCUAUAGCUAUAUGCAAUCCUUUUCUAGGCCAAGUCAAAAAUCUCCCACUUACAUCUUUUGGCCCCUCAUGUAAAAUAGGACAACGAUCCGUUGCAAUUGGUUUCGACGAAGAUUACAAAGUGGUGCAGGUGCUUACGUGUCUUAAGCACCGAUGUCUCCAUGCUCAACUGUAUUCAAGGACGGCAGAUUCUUGGAGGGAGUUGGCCGUAGAAUGCAGCAUCACUUAUAGAACUGAAUUUCACAAGGUUAGUCCCAUAAAAUCAAGUUGCAAGAAUGGCCACUUUGCGCACUGGUGUAUGGGAGGGCAUGAUUUUACGUCGAGAAUACUGUCCUUUGACAUGAAGAAUGAAGUGUUUCGGAUAAUCACGUUGCCAACUGUUUUAGGUGAGUGUUCGAUUUUCGCAGAAGAUGAGCACUCAUUUCGCUACUUUAGCUUUGGAUGUCAGACUGGUGUUAGAUUUGUGAAGAUUUGUGAGUCGAGAUGUGAAGGAAGCAAAUUCAGUUGGAAUCGUAUGAUGAUUGAUGCGUCAGUGCCCUUUGCGGCACCUGAUCAGUGGAGGGCUGGUUUUGUGUUUUUCGAGCUUCAGUCCUGCAAAUGGGGAUCGUUUGUUUAUGAUUAUUGUGCACGUGAGUUCGUCUGCAGGCAUUACUUGCCAUCGUCGAACUCAAGGUUUAUUGAGUGCAAAGGAAGCUUCGUUUCAGUUUGA